AUGGCCGGCACACGAAACUAUGACUUCCUCAUCAAGCUCCUGCUGAUCGGCGACUCGGGCGUGGGCAAGUCGUGCUGCUUGCUGCGCUUCAGCGAGGACUCGUUCACGCCGUCCUUCAUCACCACCAUCGGCAUCGACUUCAAGAUCCGGACCAUCGAGCUCGACGGCAAGCGGGUGAAGCUGCAGAUCUGGGAUACCGCAGGGCAGGAGCGCUUCCGCACCAUCACCACCGCCUACUACCGCGGUGCCAUGGGCAUCCUGCUGGUCUACGAUGUCACCGAUGAGCGUUCCUUCAACAACAUCCGGACUUGGUUCUCGAACGUGGAGCAGCACGCGACGGAGGGCGUGAACAAGAUCCUGAUCGGCAACAAGUGCGACUGGGAGGAGAAGCGCGCGGUGUCGACGGAGCAAGGGCAGGCGCUCGCCGACGAGCUGGGCAUCCCCUUCCUCGAGGUGUCGGCCAAGAGCAACAUCAACGUGGACAAGGCGUUUUACUCUCUGGCGGCCGACAUCAAGAAGCGCAUCAUCGACACGGCGCGCAGCGACCCGACGCCCGGCCAGGGCAGCAGCGGCGUCAACGUCAACGAUUCGGGCGCCAACGCGGGCAUGGGCGGCAAGUGCUGUUAG